AUGGGCAGUCUACCAGCGGAAAAGGCACCCACUCCGGUGUUCCUCUUCGCCCAUGGAUCAACAAUGAUGCUUGGUGAAGAUUCUGAACCAGCUCACAUAUGGGAAAGUGUUGGCGACGAGGUUUUGAGACGUGGGAUCGAAAGAAUCGUAAUCAUGGGAGCGCAUUGGGAUGCUCCUGGUGAUGCCGUAGAUGUGAGCAUGAACCCGAAUGCGGGCAAAGACCCGGUAGGAGGCGUGAAAGACUCAAGGUGGAUGCCUUACAAAAUGGUACCCGACAUAGAGGGAGGCCAAAAGGUCAUCGACAUGCUGCGGGAAGCCGGUAUCAAUGCUCGGGCGAACCGCAAGUACGACUGGAUCCACGAUGUCUUUCUCAUCAUCAUCCGGAUGUUUCCUCACUGCGUACCUCCACCAGUCACUGUGGUCUCAGCAAAUGCAAGGUAUGAUCCGCACUUGCACAUCAAAAUCGGCGCUACUCUCCGUCCUCUGCGUUACCAGAACACGCUCAUCAUCGGCAGUGGAGGCUCAGUUCACAAUCUCUUUCGGAAUCACUGGCAAUGGAUGAUCCGGUUCAAAGACAACUUUGCGCAGCCCGUUCCGCCAGAGCCCUUCGCGUUGGAGUUUCGACAAGCGCACGAAGACGCAAUCAUGAAAAAUACGGGUCCUGAUCUUCGAAGAGCGGUCACAAGACUGAUGAAGCACCCGCGAUAUAAAGAGGCGCAUGGAACAGAUGAUCACUAUAUGGCAACGCUCUUUGCUGCCGGGGCUGCGGGGGAUGAGAAAGAUGUGGGCCCGCACAUGUUCAUGGGGGAGUGCUGGGAGUUAGUCAACAUGUGCAACACCCAGUAUCAGCUGGGUUCCUGGGACUAG